AUGUUAACACUUUCUAAUUCUGUUAUUAGGUUGAGGGCUGGAAAUGUUGUCUUUAACUACAGAUAUUACAACAACAAACUACAGAGAACCGAAGUAACUGAAGACUUUUCUUGUCCGUUCUGCUUGGUGAAAUGUGCAAGCUUUAAGGGUCUUAGAAACCACCUGCCCUCUUCACAUGAUCUGUUCAACUUUGAAUUUUGGGUUACUGAAGAAUAUCAAGCUGUAAAUGUAUCCAUGAAGACUGACACCUGGAGAUCUGAGGUUGUUGCGGAUGGUGUUGAUCCUAAACAGCAAACAUUCCUCUUCUGCUCAAAAAGACGAAGACUCAAAAGAUUGAAGAACCUAAUUCAACAUUCAAAGCAUGAGAAUCCACUUGUGUUGGGAUCAAACUUGCCUGCGGGAGUUUGUGAGCUUCUUGAAAAGGCUAACGGUGGGAAUGAUUUUCGGAAUGUUAAUGUUGGUGUUGCAGAGUGUGCACAGAGUGUUACUCCCAGCUAUAAUCUUGUGGGAAUUUCAGGUGCUGCAGAACAAUCAUAUGCUGAUCCUGAUUGUCUUCAGUCUGUAUCUGGAAACAAUCUUGCCCCCACUGCUAUGCUACAGUUUGCAAAGACGAGAAAGUUAUCUAUUGAACGUACUGAUCCCAGAAACCGUACCCUCCUUCAAAAGCGACAGUUCUUUCACUCACAUCGAGCUCAGCUGAUGGCAACAGAGCAAGUAAUGUCAGAUCGGGAUAGCGAGGAUGAAGUUGAUGAUGAUGUUGCUGAUUUGGAAGACCGUAGGAUGCUUGAUGAUUUUGUGGAUGUAACUAAAGAUGAGAAGCAAAUGAUGCACUUGUGGAACUCCUUCGUGAGGAAGCAACGGGUGUUGGCUGAUGGUCAUAUUCCGUGGGCGUGUGAAGCAUUUACGAAAUUGCAUGGACAUGACCUUGUCCAAGCCCCUGCCUUGUUGUGGUGUUGGAGACUGUUUAUGAUAAAACUGUGGAAUCAUGGACUGCUGGAUGCACGCACCAUGAACAAUUGUAAUAUUGCUCUGGAACAAUAUCAAAGGCAAGAUUCGGAUCCCAUGAAAAGUUAAAACAGUUGAUUUUUCUUUUUUCUUUUUAUUUUUCUUUCAAAUGGGUGAAUGAAUUUGAGUGAAGAGGAAGAGUUCCCACUCUAUUCAUUUGUCUGAAUCACCGCAUUUCUAGCGUGUGCUGGUUUUUGCAAAGAUUUUUCUCUCUCACUCACCCAUUUGAAAGGCCACUCAAGCUGUUUACUUCGUUCUGUUGCCCCAUGUAACUGAAUAAUUUAAAAAAUGUUGCCGUCAAUCACUUACUUUCAAAAUACCAUUAUUAAAAUUUUAGAGCAAGAGAUUUAGU